ACUGAGAAAGAGAAGAAAGAGAGAGAGAGAGAGAGGUUUCGUACUGUUAGAGAGAGAAAGAGAAAGAGAGAUUUCUCUGCAACUUUCUUCUCUCUCUUCAGAGAAAGAAAGAAGAAAGAAGAAGAAAACCCCAUUUACAGAAGAAGAAACCCAUUUCAUCAUCAAUGGCGAAAGAAAGAGAGAACAGGAAAGUGUUAGUGAAAGUAGUAUGGAGUUACGCAGCUGAGCUUAAACUCAUUCUCACAGCUUUACUUAUCCUCUGCUCCAUAGCUACACUUCUCCAGUUCCUUCCUUCUCGUUUCACCAUCUCCACCUCCGAUCUCCGUGUCUGUAUUUCCAGAGUCGCUUCUUCAACUUCACAAACUCAAAACGAUCUCGUUUCAAACACUUCUUCUUCUUUUAAUUACGUUCCUCAAAACGACAUCGUUUCUAAUUCUUCUUCUAAUAAUUAUGUUAUACUAAACGACGUCGUAACUAAUUCUUCUUCUAAAUUAAACGACAUCGUUUCUAAUUCUUCUUCUUCUUCUUCUCCGAUUUCACCACCUCCGCCUCCGCCGUCUCCGCCGCCGGCGCCGGCAACAGAGCAAGAUCAGCUUCUCCCUAAUGGGGUUUUGAAAAGGGCAUUCAAUCCUUACGGUUCAGCUGCUUACAACUUCAUCACCAUGGGAACUUACAGAGGAGGACUUAACACCUUCGCCAUUGUUGCAAUAGCUUCGAAACCCCUUCACGUUUACGGAAGCCCAACUUACGAGUGUCAAUGGCUGCAGAAUUCUUCUCCCUCCUCCGUUAUCUCAACUGUUGGGUACAAGAUCCUUCCAGAUUGGGGUUACGGAAGAGUCUACACAGUCGUGGUGGUCAACUGUACUUUCUCAGAGAAUAUCAAUGUUGAUAAUUCCGGUGGAAAAUUAGUCCUCUACGCUUCAACUUCCGGCGCAGGUGACCGGAAAUUCAACGUAACCGACAGAAUUGAAGCCUUAACUGAAGCUCCAGGAAGUUUGGACACUGCCCUUUUCAGUUCAAAACCUAAAUAUGAUUAUUUCUAUUGUGGGUCUUCACUGUACGGAAGCUUGAGUCCACAGAGAGUUAGAGAAUGGUUAGCUUAUCAUGUGAGAUUAUUUGGGCCAAGAUCUCAUUUUGUUAUACAUGAUGCUGGUGGGGUUCAUGAAGAGGUUAUGGAGGUUUUGAAGCCAUGGAUUGAGCUUGGUUAUGUGACUUUACAAGAUAUAAGAGAUCAGGAGAGAUUUGAUGGUUAUUAUCAUAAUCAAUUUAUGGUUGUGAAUGAUUGUUUGCAUCGGUAUAAGUUUAUGGCUAAGUGGAUGUUCUUCUUUGAUGUUGAUGAGUAUUUGUUUAUUCCACCUAAGAACACCAUUAAAACUGUUCUUGAAUCUUUAUCAGAUUACAAUCAAUUCACUAUUGAACAGAUGCCUAUGAGUAGUAAGCUCUGUCUCUCUGCCGAUGCUGGAAAAACUUACAGGAAAUGGGGUUUUGAGAAGCUUGUGUAUAAAGAUGUAAGAAAAGGAAUAAGGAGGGACCGAAAAUACGCGGUGCAGCCUCGCAACCUCUAUGCAACAGGGGUUCACAUGUCACAAAACCUGGCUGGAAAGACCACACACAAAACCGAGGGACGGAUCAUGUACUACCAUUACCACGGCACCAUAGCUAACCGAAGAGAGCCCUGCAGGAACCUUGGUAAUUGGAGUAGUAUCAAUUUCGAAAACAACCCUUAUAAACUUGACACAACAAUGAGAGACAUUGCUGGUGUUGUCAAGAAAUUUGAGCUGAGAAUGAUUGGAACAAGAUUACAGAAAACUCGUCAAUAAUAAAUAAGAAUGAUCACAUGAUAUUGAUACCCUUUAUUUUAUUAAUUUGUUGUUAAUUAGAUUGAAUGAUGUACAAGGGAAAAAGAGAGAUUCUUUGGUGGGUGGGGGUUGGGAUUGGGAUGGGAAGGUUCUUACUUGUAAUAUAGCAUUUUCCUUUUUUUCUUAUUUUUGAGUAUAGAUACAGUGUGGUACAUUAUAUCACAUGAGACCCUCUUUUGCAUUAA